UUCCCUGAAUCGCAAACAGUGUACACAACACUUUUACCACUGUUUUUACUUGGUCUGUGCCAAGUGGAAAGGCUACAAGCAGUAAGGACGCUAUACCGCUAUAAGGCAAAACAGAGAGCUCUUUACACAUUUAUUAAACACGACAGGUGCAACGUAAACCAGAGGUUUGUGUUGAGGAGUCCAUUCGUUCUAGGAUCAACAUGUAUAAGCCACACCACCAGCCAGCCUAAAACUAUUUGGAGCAUCAUCUGAAGAAGAAUGUAUGAUGCUCCCCAGUCCUAUGAUCUAGGUCUAGAAACUCAAUAACAGCAAGACACUAUGGUUAGGUGACCUCAGAUCACAACCACUUCAUUCCAUCUCUGGCUGUCACCUGACUGGUGGUUGCCAUGGCUUUACAAAAUGGAUUCUCCAUCAACUCCACCCCACUGGACGAGAGUGGAGAGACAACACCCCUACUUAAAAAACAAGUGGUGGAUGUUGAUGAUUCAGUACCUCCACAAUGUUGCUCUGCACGCUACAAUCUGGCCAUCAUGAUGUUCUUCGGAUUCUCCGUUGUCUACGGUCUCCGUGUCAAUCUAAGUGUUGCCAUGGUCGCCAUGGUCAAUGGGACCAAUAGCCAAACAACUCUCAACAGCUCAGUUGGCCAUGAGUGCCCAGUGUCCUCCCACGGGAACAACAAUGGCAGCCAAACCCCAGACCAACCAGAUGGGAUACCUCAGUACUCGUGGGAUUCUCCAACUCAGGGCCUGCUGCUGGGGGCAUUCUUCUUUGGUUACCUGGUGACUCAGAUCCCCGGGGGUUACCUGGCCGGCCACUUUGGAGGGAGUAUCUUCUUGGGGGGAGGGGUGCUUGGCACCGCAGCCCUCACCCUCCUCACCCCCCUGGCAGCCCAGCUAGGACCCUACUGGCUGUUUGGCUUACGGGCACUGGAGGGAUUUGGGGAGGGGGUGACAUUCCCGGCCAUGAUGGCCAUGUGGGCUCGCUGGGCUCCCCCUCUAGAGAGGUCUCGUCUUAUUUCCCUGUCGGGGUCAGGGGCAAACUUUGGGGCUUUUGUAGCCCUGCCCCUCACCGGCUUCAUAUGUCACAGUCUGGGCUGGCCCGCUGUCUUCUACAUGUGUGGGGGUGCUGGUUGUAUUUGGGCAGUUUUCUGGUUCAUUCUGGUGUCUGACCAGCCUGGCACUCAUCCACGAAUCAGCACAAGAGAAAAACAUUACAUCAUCAACUCCAUAGGAAAAGAUGGUGGUGCCCAUGGCUGGUCAGUGCCUUUGUUACCCAUGGUGCUCUCUGUUCCCCUGUGGGCCAUCAUAGUGUCUCAGAUGUGUGCCAACUGGGGUUACUACACCCUGCUCACCUCACUACCCACCUACAUGGACACGGUGCUUCACUUUGACCUCCGACAGGACACCUUCAGCACCCGAUGUCACAGGAAGGCCAAAAAGAUCAUCAAGGACAACAACCAUCCGAGCCACUGCCUGUUCACACCGCUAUCAUCCAGAAGGCGAGAAUGCCUUUCUCUCAGCUCUGCCCUAUCUGGGUGGCUGGGCCUUCUCAGUGAUAUCAGGUGUAGUAGCAGACAGCCUCCUGGAGAAGGAGCUGUUGAGUGUAACAGCUGUCCGCAAGAUCUUCACUAUCACAGGUCUGCUGCUGCCUGCAGCGUUCCUGGUUGCUGUGGGCUUCUCCGGCUGCAGUGGGGUGUUGGCUGUGACCUUCCUCACCCUCUCUACCACUGUUGGGGGCACCAGUGCAGCCGGGGUCUUCAUCAACCAGAUAGACAUUGCUCCACGGUAUGCGGGGGUGCUUUUAGGAAUCACCAACACUUUCGCGACUAUCCCAGGUGUUGUCGCGCCCAUCAUCACAGGUUAUCUCACCAAAGAUCACUCCUUGGCGGGAUGGAGGAAUGUGUUCUGUCUAUCAGCCGGGAUCAGCGCCGGAGGAGCGCUUGUCUUCACCUUGUUUGGCAGCGGGAAGGUCCAGAAAUGGGCCCUGGCAGAGGAGGAGCAGGCAGAAACAGAGAGAGAUGGGUUAAUCCCUACAUGACAGACAGACAGACAGACAUGACCUAAAGGGAAUAGGGCCUGUAAGAAAUAAGCUGACCUCAGGUUAACUUAACUUCCCAUCAGGUGGUUUUAAAAAGGAUGGACCAGUGCAUUUUAAUAGUCUCUUAGUACACUGUGUUGGGAAUGGGACCCUAUAUAUAAUACAUUAUUCAUGAUAUAAUUAGGGACUUUUUAAAAUGGCUUCUUUAUAUUCCAAAUGCCUUUCUUUAGUAUUGUUUACAACAAUCUGUUUCUGACCACGUUUCGUAUUUAUACUGAACAAAAAAAUAUAAAUGCAACAAGUAAAGUGUUGCUCCUAUGUUUCAUGAGUUGAAAUAUUUCUCAGAUUUUCUGCACAAAAUUUGCCAAAAUAAUCUAUCCACCUGACAGGUGUGGAAUAUCAUGAAUCUGAUUAAACAGCAUGAUCAUUACACAGGUGCACCUUGUGCUGGGGACAAAAUGCCACUCUAAAAUGUGAAGUUUUGUCACACAAAUGCCACAGAUGUCUCAAGUUUUGAGGCAGUGUGCAAUUGGCAUGCUGACUACAGGAAUGUCCACCAGAGCUGUUGCCAGAGAAUUGAAUGUUCAUUUCUCUACCAUAAGCCGUCUCCAACGUUGUUUUAGAGAACAGCCUCACAACUGCAGACCACAUGUAACCAUGCCAGCCCUGGACCGCGACAUCUGGCUUCUUCCCCUGCUGGAUCGUCUGAGACCAGCCACCCGAACAGCUGAUGAAACUGAUGAGUAUUUCUGACAAUAAUAAAAUUAUUUUGUGUGGAAAAAAUAAUUCUGAUUGGCUGGGCCUGGCUCCCAAGUUUGUGGGCUUAUGCCCUCCCAGGCCCACCGAUGGCUGUGCCCCUGCCCAGUCAUGUGAAAUCCAUAGAUUAGGGCCUAAUUAAUUUAUUUAAAUUGACUGAUUUCCAUAUAUGAACUGUAAUGUUUUUUUCUUCAGUGUAUAUAUAUAUAUACAGGAUGAGUCAUUAUACCUUUUUUUUUUUACUUAAAUCAAAGAGCUUUACAUUUAAUAAUGGGCUACCCCUAGUGGUAUAAGGAAAUACACAGGCAACUUCUAAUAAACUAGAUUAUUCUUUAAUUGAUCACUUUUAAGUGCUCUUAUACUUUUAUCUGCCACAUUUUAUAAAAAAAUACCUGUGCUCUUCCCAGGAUUCAUUGCCUAUGAUUAGCCAUUGUCUGGUCAGUUGGCUAUUUAACAAUUACUGCCCCAAACCAUUUGUGCUUUGAAUAUUUUUUUAUUGAACGACAGAGGUACUUACAGAACUUGAACAAUUUAUAUUUUACCGCUACCUACUUGACCUCCCGGCACUUUGCCCUUAAGGACAUUGCUGCACAAAAAAAAAUGUGGUUACCAAAAAUGUUUAAUUUGAGGAAAUGUACAUUCAUGUAAGAAUGUUUUGUUGGUCAAUGUAAAUUCAUGCAAGAACAUUUUGUAAGUGUUAGGUAAAAACAAAUCAAUGUGAAUCUUCAUAACAGAAAGAAAUCUGUGAAAUCAAAAUGUCAUGCUAUUUCCAGUAGCCUACUGGUUUAACUUUCCAUUAAAUAAUAUACCAAAUGUUCACAUACUGA